UCAGUGUUGGCGCGACAAUGCAUCAGUGCGGGUCGCUCUUUGGGGGUCCGCUGGCCCUCGUGGUGGCGGCCAUGGCGUUCGGUUUGAGCAACGGAGAAACGCUCACACCCCCCUAUUUCAAUCUGGCCGAAGGGAAGAAUAUUACGGCGACAGCCACCUGUGGCGUCGGUGUCGAAGGACCGGAACUUUUCUGCAAGUUGAUCGGAUCGAAUUCGGACAACGAGCCCAGCGUAAACGUUAUUCAGGGUCAGUAUUGUGAUUAUUGUGACCCCAACACACCUGGCAAACAUCACCCGCCCGAACACGCGGUUGACGGCAAAGAGACCUGGUGGCAAAGUCCGCCCCUUUCGCGGGGGAUGAAGUACCAGGAAGUGAAUUUAACCAUCGACUUGGGACAGGAAUUCCACGUCGCAUACGUCUACAUUUACAUGGCGAAUUCGCCGCGACCUGGUUUGUGGGUGCUUGAAAAGUCUGCCGAUUACGGCAAGACGUACCAGCCUUGGCAGUAUUUUUCCGAUUCACCGGCGGACUGCGAAACCUACUUCGGCAAGGAAACGCUACAGCCGAUCACUAACGACGAUUCAGUCGUGUGCACCACAGAGUACUCCAAAAUCGUUCCACUUGAGGGCGGAGAAAUACCCAUCUCGUUACUAACCAAUCGACCAUCGGCAACACAUUACUUCAAUUCAACCGUACUCCAAGAAUGGACGAGAGCUACUAACGUACGUUUGAGGUUUCUGAGGACAAAAAAUCUCUUGGGCCAUCUAAUGUCGGUGGCCAGGCAAGAUCCAACCGUCACUCGGAGAUAUUUCUACUCCAUCAAAGACAUAAGCAUUGGUGGGCGUUGCAUGUGUAACGGCCAUGCGCAAACCUGCGACCUUCCCGACCCCAAGGACAACAGAAUUCUCAUGUGCAACUGCAAGCACAACACGUGCGGCGCAAAGUGUGACAGGUGUUGUCCGGGUUUCGAACAAAAGGCGUGGCGGCAAUCAAAAUACGCGGAUCCAUUUAAAUGCGAAGCUUGUAACUGCUUCCAACACAGCAACGAAUGCGAAUACGAUCCAGACGUCGAUAGAGAAAAACUUUCCCUCGACAUACACGGAAAUUACGAGGGUGGGGGUGUUUGCAAAAAUUGCCGCCACAACACCGAAGGCAUCAACUGCAACAAGUGCAAACCAAAGUUCUACCGACCAUAUCACAAACUGUGGAACGAAACUGAUGUUUGUCAACCUUGUCAAUGCGACGUCUUCUACUCGACCGGGAACUGCGCAGAAGGUUCGGGACGUUGCGAAUGUCGCAAACAGUACAACCCGCCCAACUGCGACAGUUGCAGUUUCGGCUACUUCGACUAUCCCAGGUGCAGAGAAUGCGAGUGUUUCUUGAACGGCACCCUGGACCUGCAGUGCUCCGCCAAAGACGGAACGUGCACAUGCCGACCGAACUACGGCGGCGACUACUGCAAACAGUGCUCCCCCGGAUACUACAACUUUCCAGAAUGCGGAUCGUGCCAGUGUGAUACGUACGGCGCAGAUUCGGAGUCGUGCGACGAGAACACCGGAAAUUGCACGUGCAAAGUAAAUUACUCUGGCAGAAAGUGCGACGAGUGCCAGAACGGCUACUACAACUAUCCGUCAUGCCAAUAUUGUAACUGCGACAUCAAGGGUACAAAAGACGGUAUAUGCGACAAAUCGACGGGGCAGUGUAUUUGCAAAGAGGGUUACGGCGGUGACCGAUGCGAUAAAUGCAUACUUGGUUACUACGGCUAUCCAGAUUGCCAACCCUGUAACUGUAGUAAAGUCGGUUCUCACGGGUCGACGUGCAGCGCCACCGGAAAGUGCUCAUGCCUCGGUAACUACGCUGGCAAGACUUGCGAACAGUGCAGUCCCGGAUUUUACAGCUACCCGGACUGCAAGCCAUGUGAAUGCGACUACGACGGAUCUAACGGCAUAUCCUGCGACGCUGAAGGUAAAUGCGAAUGUCACAGUAAUUUCGCUGGUCAGCGCUGUGACUUGUGCAAGGAGGGGUAUUACAAUUUUCCCGCCUGUGAAGAUUGCAACUGCCAUCCUGCCGGAGUUGUGGCUGGAUUCGCUGGCUGUGGAUCGGUACCCGCGGGGGAGCUAUGUCAGUGUAAGGAAAGAGUUCAGGGACGUAUUUGCAAUAAAUGCAGGCCGUUAUAUUGGAACCUAAAUCCCAAUAAUCCGGAAGGUUGCGAGGAAUGCGGUUGCAACCCUGCAGGAGUUUUGGGCGGCAUAGCAGUGUGCGACACGGAAGACGGACAAUGCGUUUGCAAACCUUCAGUAAUAGGAAGGAGCUGUUCGGAAUGCGCGGAUGGCACAUACAGUUUAGAGGAGGAAAAUCUUUUCGGAUGUAAAGAUUGUGGAUGUGACGUUGGCGGUGCGGUAAGCAACAUCUGCAACAAAAAGACGGGACAGUGUAUAUGCCAGUCCAGAGUCACGGGACAGACAUGCAGAGAACCGCUUCAGGCGCAUUAUUUCCCUACGUUGUACCAAUAUCAGUACGAGAUCGAAGAAGGCCGCACGCCAGAAAGUAACCGACUGAAAUACGACAACGAUGCAAACGUUUUCAAAAACUAUUCCUGGAAGGGAUACGCCGUGUUUUCGAAUUUGCAAACGGAAGUUAUCCAGGACCUAUAUAUUUACAAACCGUCCCUGUACAGGAUGGUUUUCAGGUUCGUAAACAAUAACCCCCAUACGGUCAUCGGGGGAGUAAAAAUCACUCCCGAUAAUCCAAACGACAACGAGCAAUUUCUGAAAGUCCAGUUCAAAAAUACCUCGGAGCCCGCGUUCACUACAGUCUCGAAGGGCAAUAUCCCUUCUCCUUUCGUUAUGAACCCAGGAAGAUGGUCGGUUACCAUUAUGGCAAACGAAAGUGUUCUUCUGGAUUAUUUCGUUCUUCUCCCCGAGGACUUUUAUCUGGCCAGCGUAUUAUCUCAGAAAGUGGAGACGCCCUGCACCAUCAACGAGACAGACCUAUGCCGUCACUACGCUUAUCCCAACAUAUCGUUCUUCGACAAAACGUUUGGAGUGGGGGGAUAUAUUCGCGACGGCGUAGAUAACGACCCCCUGAACGAAUUUUUCAAGGACGGAGACCACUUGCAUCGUAUCAACAUAUUCAACAGGGUGCCUCUCCUCAACCUUGAUCAACCAGACAUAUCGUUCAACGUGACCGUGUUUAAACCAGGCAGUUACGUUAUCAUAGUAAAUUAUAUUACGCCUUUAGAUGACUUGAGGACUCACAAAGUCGACGUCGUCGCACACACCAAGAACAAGACCGAUAAUGGCAACGUAAUUUUGUAUUCGUGCCCAUAUACCACGCCGUGUAGGCAAGUGGUCACCAACGAAAAAAAUGGCGUGGCAGUCUACGACGUAGACGGAAAUUCCAUCGUUAUCGAUUUAAAGAGCGACAACAGCAACGUCGGCAUCCAUUCGGUUUACGCCAUACCGUACGAAGAAUGGUCCUUGGAUUACAUCAAACCCCAGCCGGUUUGUAUCCGUAAAGAUGGAAAAUGCAUACACGGUUCGUUUAGGAACUUCCCCGAAUCGAAAACGAUCAGUUUCGAUCAAGAAAUCGAAGGCGAACUCGGCAAAAAUCGACCGCCGGUCAGGAUCUUCAAUAACGAAACGUAUAUUUGGCUCAACGAAGGCGAUAAAUCCAUUGAUCUCAAAGGCAAAGUGAACACGCCUGGAUAUUAUACCUUCGUUCUCCACUAUUAUCAACCCGAUUUUCCAGAGUUUGACUUGGAUGUAAUUAUUCAAAACGGACAAUUUUAUGAAGCGAACGUUCCUGUAAAACACUGUCCUUCGGAAUCUGGCUGCAGGGCGCUGAUCUCACAAAACGACAGGAAUAAUAAAUUCAACUUGACCGAAAAUUUCAUGAUUACAUUCAAACAAUCCGGUAACAAGAACGUGUACUUGGAUUACAUCAUCGUCAUACCAGUGGAUCUUUACACGGAGAGAAAUUUAGAAGAGGAAGACCUAGACAGGACGGGAGAGUUUAUCUCCACGUGCGGCAGUAACCACUUCAACAUUGACACGAGCCAUAAAGGAUUUUGCAGGGACUCUGUGUUUUCGAUAACGGCCGCCCACAAUACCGGCGCGUUGCCCUGCCAGUGUGACUUUUCCGGUUCCAAGAGCUUCGAGUGUGAAAAAUUUGGCGGACAGUGCCCGUGCAAGGACAAUAUAAUCGGUAGACAAUGCACGGCCUGCAAAGCGGGUUAUUACGGCUUUCCCGAUUGUAAGCCUUGCAAUUGUCCGCCGAACGCCGACUGCGAGCAUCAGACCGGGAAAUGCAUUUGUCGUCCCCACGUAACGGGCGAAAAAUGCGAUCAGUGCGAGCGAUUGACGUACGGUUACGACUCUCUUACCGGUUGCGUACCGUGCAACUGCAAUUAUUUGGGCACCAACGGAAUCCUGCAGUGCGAUCUGCUGAGCGGUGCCUGUCCUUGCAUAGAAAACGUGGUCGGUAGAAAAUGCGACGUAUGCAAAUCAGGUCACUACUCGUUCCCGUACUGCAGUUCGUGCGAGUGCGACACCAAAGGAACAACAAACGAAAUUUGCGACCAAGAGACGGCCGAAUGUUUCUGUAAAAAGAACGUCGUCGGUACUCUCUGCAAUUUCUGUAACGAAGGCUCGUUCAACUUGCAAGAAACGAAUCCGGACGGAUGCACGGAAUGUUUUUGUUCCGGGAAAACUACGAGAUGCACAAGUGCAGAUCUGAUAAACUUGCCCAUAUCGGAUAUGACCGGGUGGACGAUCGUGCAAAUCAGUACUUCCGGUGAAAAUCUAAAUAUAACCAAACUGAACAUUACCGUGGAAAAUGUUGAUAAUUAUCCUCCCACGGUGGGCGCCGACUUUACCGAAUUCAAUCAGUCGGACAACGUCGUAGCUUACUUUUCCGCACCUCCUGCGUUCCUGGGUCGCAAGCUCGGAGCGUACGGUGGCCGACUUCUCUACGGCAUCUACUACAGCAUCGGUCAGAACGGAUCUGCGGUUAGCGGCGCGGACAUCAUCUUGGAGGGCGCGGACACCCAUUUGACAUUCUCGAGUUUCGAACAGCCCUUGCACGCAAUCAAGUAUUUCGGAGAGGUCCAACUAGUCGAGAGCUACUUCGACACCGCCUCGGGCGAGUCCGCCAAGCGAGAGCACGUAAUGGACGUUUUGAAAGAUUUGAAGGGCGUGUACAUUCGAGCGACGUACUGGACCAAAAGCGUUACCACGAGAUUAAUUGAAGUCGUCGAAGAAGUCGGGAUACCCACCAACGAAUACAAAGAGUUGUAUCCGGAACUGGCCAGGAAUCCGGAUUUACCUCGAGUAUAUUCCGUGGAGAAGUGCUACUGCCCACCGAAUUACAAAGGGCUUUCGUGCGAAGAAUGCGCUCCCGGUUACUACAGGAUCGAGCAAGGGCCUUUCGGUGGGUACUGCGUGCCGUGUCAGUGCAACGGACACGCAUCCGAAUGCGACGUGAACACUGGAAAAUGUCUAAAUUGCGUUCACAACACUAGGGGCGAUCAUUGCGAGUUGUGCGACAUCGGUUACCACGGCAACGCGCUAGGUGGCACCCCCAAGGAUUGCCUAAUCUGCGCGUGCCCAUUGCCUAUUGGUAGCAACAACUUCGCCACCUCUUGCGACGUCAGUAACGACGGCGAAAGGAUUAGCUGCGAAUGCGUCGAGGGAUACGUCGGUGCGAGAUGUCAAAAAUGUGCCGCGGGGUAUUACGGACUCCCUGAAGUCGCAGGCGAUUACUGCAAACCUUGUCAGUGUUCCGGUAACAUCGAUCCAGACGAUCCGAGAUCGUGCGACACCACUACCGGCACAUGUUUGAAAUGUCUGAAUAACACUUUCGGGGAGGCUUGUUCGCUCUGCGCCCCUGGACACUUUGGCGACGCCAUCAACCUGAAAAACUGUCAAGCGUGCCUUUGCGACAAAACCGGCACCGAAAGUUGCGACCACCAAACCGGCCGUUGCAUCUGUAAACCGAACAUUAUCGGGGAGAAAUGCGACAGGUGUGAGCUUGAACAUUACGGAUUCGAUUCGGGCAUGGGAUGCGUGAGGUGCGAUUGUGGCACGGCAUCAACCGGCAAUCGUUGCCACGACGUUACCGGUCAGUGCAUAUGUCGUCCCGGUGUGACCGGCAGGGCUUGCGAUCGAUGCGCCGCCGGCUUUUGGAAUUACACAUCGGAGGGAUGUAUAUCUUGCGGUUGCAAGAGUGAAUACUCGCUAGGAGUCGGUUGCAACGCGUUAACGGGCCAGUGCGAAUGCCUGCCCGGUGUGUUGGGAGAAAAAUGCGACCAAUGCCCCCAUCGAUGGGUCUUUGUGCAAGAUAUAGGAUGCCACGAAUGCGACACUUGUCACCACGCACUUCUGGACGAGACUGACGCGCUUGCGACCAUGAUUGACCCGAUCAUUAUCGAAUUCGACUCCACUCAAUCGGGAUAUUUCACACGUCGAAGACUGGACAACUUAAGAGAACAAUUGGAGAAACUUAAACCUAAAUUUGACGAGAUCGAUCCGCAGCAAGUUAGUUUGCGCGGCCCGCUGCAGGAGUUGGAAAGUUUGGAAAUGGACGCAAAAAAUUUAAACCGAAGAUCUAACUAUUCCUUGGAGAACAGCGAAGAUCUGAGGAACGAGUCGAUGAGACUUAAGGAUUUGGCGGAGGUGUUGCUGGACGAACUAAUCGACGCUGAGGAUUACUCCAUUCGGGCACUGCAACACAUUGAGAAUAUAACCAGUGAACUUAACGACAAAGGAGGAAACGAAAUAGAUAAAGCCCUCCAAGAAGGUCAGGCAGAUCUAGACGCAAUCAAGCAAUACAAUUUAACCGAGCAGGAAACUAACACAAACAAACAAUUGGGAAAGGUCAAGGAGUUGUUAAAAAACGUGACGGAAUAUCAAAUUCCAGUCGACGACUUGCAGAAACAAGUGGAAGAGAUUAAGGGGGAUAUUAAGGAGUUCAAUGAGAAGCUAGACGAUUUGUACAAUCACACACAGUACUCGUUAAACAUGGCGGGUGAAGCGCAAAACAUUUUUAGUAGGAACGGAAAGGACCGCCUCAAAGUCAAACUGAGCAACAUACAAAAUCAAAUCGGGCAAUCAAAAGUAAACCUCGACGAGUCGGAAGCGCUGCUGGCGAACGCGUCGGACUUGAUAGAGGUGGCAAUAGGGAAACUCAAAGCGCUUCAAGUAACUCCCGACGAUUUGGAGACCAGAAACAACGAGUUCUUGGCGCGACUCGACAACAACGAGCAAGAAAUCGAACAGAUAAAACGGCUGCGGCCCAAAGUACAGGAACACGCUGUCAAUUUGUCGGACACUGUGCAGAAACUGCAACACAUUCUCUCCGAAAGUCAGUUCGAGUCGAACGACGCGAUCAAGGCUGCGAGGGCGUACAAAGAUAUCGUCGAAGCCGUCCGGAGCGCCAGGGAUGCGGCAAACACGGCGGAAAACGAUACUAAUCACGCGGUCGAAAUCUUAGGCAACGUUCAGGACCGGACGUUGGAGUCCGAUUCAAACUCGUCGAAAGCACUGGACGACGCGCACAAGCUUAAUCAGAGGACGAGCGGCGAUCUCGAGCCGCAGCUUGAAAAGGCCGUCGACGCCUUCGCUCCUGUGAAGGUGGUCCACGAAGAUAAUCAAGAUCUGCUGCAGGAUAUAGAGAAUAUCUUGACGAACAUCCAACCCGUGUCGCUGGCCAAGGCGUUUAAAAAUGCCUCGAACAUGGCGGACGCGGCGAGCAGCCACGUCGAGGAGAUCGAGAAGAGGGUCAACACAUCGUUUGCUUCCCUCCCGGAGGAAAAGGAGAAAGCUCAGGCCCUUCCGAAAGAUUUGGACGACAUCAAACGGAACAUCGUGCAAACCGAUAAGCAAAUAGAAACGGUAAACGAGAAAUUGCCGGCCAUAGUCGACAGUUUGGAACAGCUGCCGCAAGCUCAAGCCGUACGGAACAAAACCUCCGACGGAAUUAAAAACAGCGUAAAUAAAUUGAACCAGCAAAUUCAACUGGCCAGAGAUAUCGCCAACAGAAUCAAAAUCGGCGUCAAGUUCUAUCCGAACACUACCCUCGAACUCAGGAAUCCCGACAACAUCGACGACAUGACUACAUCGACCAAAAUAAGUGGAUAUUUCAGGACGGCCAAACCGAAUGGACUCAUCUUUUACCUCGGCAAUCCGAAUGGAACGAACCUGAGGAAAACCAAGUCCGACGAUUAUAUGGCACUGGUAGUACAAAACGGUUACCCGGUCCUUAAACUGGACAUAGGAAACGGACCCGAGCAAGUAAUCAACUCAAAAAACGUGUCCGAUAAUAUUUGGUAUCAAUUCAUUAUUGACAGGGUGGGUCACAACGCCAAACUGACGAUUCGCGAAGAGUUACCGGGCGGACAGGAAAACUUAACCGUCGCGGAAAAACACUUGUCCGGCCCGUACACCAUAUUCAACCUCGACAAAGAAAGGUCGAAGCUGUUUGUGGGCAGCGCCCCAGGUGACAUGCAAAAGGACAUCGAUGUCAACUCACUCGAUGGCGAAAUAGAGGACUUGGUGAUCGGUAACACUCCCUUGUCGUUGUGGAACUUUGCCAACGGCUCGGAAAACAACCACGGCGCAAUCGAAAGAGAUCGUUUGGUGGUGUUACAACCGAGUACCGGGUUUAGAUUCAACGGUCAGGGUUACGUCAUCAUCGAUGCCAGAUCGUUGCAGGUGCGGUCCAAAUCUUCCAUUAUAUUUUCGUUCAAGACGUUCGCGACAGAAGGGUUGCUGUUCUUGGCCGGUAGAGAGAACACCUUCAUCGCAUUGGAACUUAGGAAUGGAAAAAUUUUGUACCAAUACAAUCUCGGAGGCGGAACGAAGAAGUUCGCUUCAUCUAAACAGUACAACGACGGCAACUGGCACAAGAUAACCGCUACGAGAGAUGGCGCCCGUGGCAAACUGAGAGUCGACGACGAAGAUGUCACGGACAGGACCAAACAGGUGACGGGUGCCUCCCUCGAGCUUACGGAAACCGUAUCGUUUGGGGGGUAUCCCCAUAUCCACAAUUUCCGCGACGUCACCAACAUCAAAUUCGACGGAUGUAUCAAUAACGUCACCAUCACAGGAGAGCCCGUCGAUUUGAGAAACAACCUCAAAGCUUAUGAUGUAACCCCCGGUUGUCCUGCCAAGUUUGCUCCAAUGGUGUCGUUUAACAAUUCGCAGAGGGGUUACGUCGGGUGGGACGGUCUCGCGAUUAACAACGACUUCAAAGCGAGCCUGAAAUUCAAAACGAAAGAAAAGGACGGUCUGAUUUUCUACAUCGAAAAUCCGGACCAAAGCAGCGUCACUUCCUUAUCGAUCGUUGACGGUCGCGUCAAGGUUAUUAGUAAUAAAAUCGAAUUGGUGUCCAAGGACACGUUCGAUGAUGGCGAAUGGCAUGUCGUCUCGGUUAUACACGACAAGGACAGGCUCAGAAUAGACUUCGACGAUUACAACCAUAGAGUGACCGACAAUACGCCUCCGCCGCUCCAUAUACUAUACGGCAAAAUGUAUGUCGGAGGAUUGCCACGGGGCGUUCAACCGCCUCCAGGCACCUCGGGCACCACCGAACCUUUCCACGGAUGCAUAGCCGAUUUGACGGUGAACGGAAACGUCAAGAAUUUCGCCAACACGUCGAUAAGAUCGCAGGAAAUCUUGGACAAAUGUAUCCUCGAUCGAGACUACUUACCGACUGAUCCCUCAGUUCACCUUCUACCCGAUCUAGAACCAUUCCCGGAAGUUACAUUACCACCGACGACAGUUCCGACCAUAGUCACCGAAAAUCCUUAUGAACAAUCAAAUAUCCGAGGCGGUGACGGAGGUUUCGACUUCUUACCAAAGGAGAAGGAAGUUAAAACGGAAAAAACACCAGAAGAAGCCGAAAUAUUCACCGUUCCACCAGCAGCUAUACCGAGAGGUCCCAUCGGCAGAGUACCGCCCACCACUCCCAAACCCAUUUACGAGGGAUGCGCGUUGCCCGUGGAGCCCGCUCCGGAGGACCUCAAAUCGAGUGGGUACAGAUUCGGAUCGCAACCUUCGAGCCGAUUAGAGUUUAACACGCCCAGGGGCAAGUUUAGGAAGAGUUUCGACUUCAGCAUGGAGUUCAAAACGACUGAACCAAAUGGCAUAUUGUUUUACGUAUCCGACAGUAAAACUCAUAGGGACUACGCGGCGCUGUACUUGGAGGGUGGCUUCGUGAUAUUUACGUUUAAAGGCGAACAGGGACCGCCUUUGCUCCUAAGGUCUCAGUUAACGUACAACGACAACGAAUGGCAUCUGGUGGAGAUAAGCAGGGACGGAUCGGAUGGGAAGUUGGUAAUCGAAGGUGGCGCCCUCACCGGAAAAAUUCUUCAGAAAACUACGUCGUUGGGUCUCCACAUUCCGUUCUAUCUCGGCGGUUUGCACCCCGAUGAUUACAAUUAUGUCCAGAGCAAUCUUAAUAUGACGACGCAAUUCACGGGAUGCGUCCGAAAUUUCAAUAUGAAUACGAAACCGAUGGAAAAUCCGAAGGAUUUCGGUGUUAUUCCUUGUUCCGAUCACGUAGAGGUCGGCACAUUCUUCGGCGGAGGAUUAAAUACAUACAUGAAACUGAAAGACCGUUUGAAGGUCGGUCAAAUGUUCAACAUCAAAAUGGACAUCAAGCCGAGGGUUAACUCUGGAGUUCUCGUAGCCGUACACGGCAAGAAAGACUACCUGGUACUAGAAAUGGUAAACGGUACGCUCAGGCUGGUUGUAGAAAAUGGAAAAGGUCCUUUGACCACCUCCUUUUUGCCACCCGGCAACAAUACGUUUUCCUUAUGUGACGGAAACUGGCACGAAAUACAGGUUGUGAAGUCGCGGAACGUCGUGACUAUCUCCGUAGAUCGAAUAUUCACGGAUCCCAAAAUAGGACACCACACUGCCACGUCGACUGACACCGGAAGCGCCUUGUUCCUGGGGGGUCACAGACUUAUCAAGAAGGUCAGGGGUAUAGUGUCGCGAACUCCAUUCGUGGGUUGCAUCAAAGAUGUCUCUUUGAAUAACGAACCCAUAGAUAUGCAAGCUACGAUGGUUGAAGGUCACAUUACCGUCGGCAUAUGCCGUACCAAUUAGUUUAUAGAAUUUGUAUCGUUAAAUAUAAUAAAAUUUGGUAUA